GGGAGUCGGAAGGAUGGCUGAAAAGAAACGUUGCGCCAAAACCGUUUUCCCAAGGGCCUCCCCUGAAGGGCCCCCAUCAGCCAGCACGUGCAACGAAGGAAGGGCCUCAAGCGAGUAUAUAAGGGCCCGCUCGCCCUGCAAUGACCUCAGAGCAUCACGGUCAACGGUGCGGAGAGGAGGUCUCGGCUUCUGCGACCGAUCGGCCACCCCGGUCACGGUCGUGGAAGAUCCGGAGGGGUGAAGAGGAGAAGGAGAGGAGAGGAAGUAAGCUGCAGUCAUCUAACUGGCGAUCGCCAUCACUUUUCUGUCGCAGAUCCGAUCGGAGCACCCACCAACCACGAUGGUCUCACCACUCGGACGGCCCGGGAAAAGGCAGCAGCAGCAGCAGCAGCAAUCAAGGGCAAUCAGGGCAUCAAUCAUGGCAUCAACCAGUCGACGGGACGGCGCGGGAGGAUCAAAAUCAGCGGGUGCAGCCGGAAUCCGGCGUCAGGCGGAAGCCAGCUAUCCGGCGAGGAGCCAAAACGAGUAACCGAAACGGAUAAAGAAUGUAUCCGGCGCGAUCUCGUUCUCCGAUGAUUGGGGGAGGUCGUCGGAGAUCAAGGGCGACGAUCGCAACGUUUCUUCAGUCCACCAGGCAGUCCAUUAUGUUUAUUGCAUCUACGGGAUUUGUUGGAUUUAUCGCAAUUACCGCGCAUCAUUGGUUGAAGUUAUCGCAUUUACACAUUUUCGCACAAGAGGGGAAAACAGGCUUUCACGUGUCUACCCGGCGAGCCUGAGGAUAUUCAUU